CACUUUAAUAUUGACAAUCAAAAACGUGCUGACAUUUUCAAUUUUCCCAGCUCGCAAAUAUAAAGUAAAGACCAAAUUAAACACAAAUAUAUUAAAAUAAGAUAAAACUGCUUAAAAACAAUUAAAAAUGGCGUAUAAAACCCACAAACUUAAAAUUGUGCAAAGUGUUGCGCGCUAAUCGCGCUGGGAGCUCACAGCGCAUAGCUCUCAGAAGCAGCAAACUCGCUUGCUCUUCACAACUGACAGUUCCGCUGGGCUAUUUAGCAAACAAAACUGUCCGACACCCUGAAUAAACAACAGCAAAACGAAAACGAAAAUUAUAAAACUCCACAUAAUUGCCAUUGUUGAUGUUGCAACAGCAGCAUCAUGCAUACUGCUGCCAGUACCGCCUCAACGCCCGCAGCCCCGCCAGCUCCAUCAGCUACCUCUGCUAGUGGCCGUCACAACACAAUUGGCCUUUUAAGCAGCUUCAUGCGUCGCUUAUUAAAACUUUUGAUUAGCUGCAUUCUCAUGCCGGCCAUGCAACAUCACAUCCACAUUAAUUGGUCUCCAAUGUCAACAGCUCCAACGGCCGGCAUCAUCGUGCAUGCAUCCGCCAUCUCCGUUUCGGUCUCGCUGUCCGCCUCGAACUCAACUAGCGACAUCGCUGCGACAUCUGCGCCCACCGCUGAGCUGAAAGUUGGUGUUGCGGCUGCUGCUGCUGCUGCUGUUUUGUCCGGCUUGGGUUCACGCGCACCCGCCCCCUGGUCUAUGGCCGCCUCUCACAUGCGCCUAACGCAGCGCAACAAUCAUGCGAACAUUUCUGAAUUGCUGGACAAUUUAUUGCGUGGCUACGAUAAUAGUAUACGACCGGGUUUCGGAGGUCCACCAGCCACAGUUGAAGUAGACAUAAUGGUUCGCAGUAUGGGGCCCAUCUCUGAGGUGGAUAUGACCUAUUCCAUGGAUUGCUAUUUCCGUCAGUCAUGGGUGGAUAAACGUUUAGCAUUCAAAGGCGCACAAGACACAUUGGCUUUGAGUGUUUCGAUGUUGGCGCGCAUUUGGAAACCAGAUACAUAUUUCUAUAACGGUAAACAAAGUUAUCUACACACCAUAACAACACCAAAUAAAUUUGUACGAAUCUAUCAAAAUGGCAGGGUGUUGUAUUCGAGCAGAUUAACAAUCAAAGCUGGCUGCCCAAUGAAUUUAGAAGACUUCCCAAUGGAUAUACAAAAGUGUCCCCUAAAGUUUGGCUCGUUUGGCUACACGACAGCGGAUGUUGUUUAUCGUUGGAAUCGCGAGAGACCAGCUGUUGCCAUUGCGGAGGAUAUGAAAUUGUCACAAUUCGAUUUGGUUGAUUGCCCGGCGGGCAACCUCACCGAUGUGAUCUACAAAGCAGCCGCACCGCACGAUGGCUCACACACCAGCAGCGGCAGCAGCAGCAGAAGCAGCGGCAACAACAAGAAUGGCAAUAGAAAUAGCAAUAAUUACUACAACAAAAACGCGGCCAACAAUUUCAAUCACAAUCGUUACAAUCAGAAAUAUGGCAGCAAAUCGAUGAGUACGUUUGCGGGGCCGGGUGCAAAGAAUCAACAUGCACGGGGCACUGGGCUGCAAUUAGACAAAGGUGCCUUUGGAGGUGGGAGUGAUGGCGGUGGGCUGGGUGUUGGUGUGGGUCGCGGUGGUUUGGGGGGUGGUGGUAGUAGUUUGGAUGCACCGGGUUCAGUGCGUUUCGAGUCAAGUCGGGCGUCUGAGUACUCAAUGCUAAUGGUGAACUUCCAUCUACAACGUCACAUGGGCAAUUUUCUCAUUCAAGUCUACGGCCCUUGCUGUCUAUUGGUGGUGCUCUCAUGGGUAUCAUUUUGGCUAAAUCGUGAGGCUACCGCUGAUCGUGUUUCGCUCGGCAUUACCACCGUACUAACGAUGACAUUUCUCGGUUUGGAAGCACGCACCGAUCUGCCGAAGGUGCCCUAUUUGACUGCGCUUGAUUUUUUUGUUUUUCUAUCAUUCGCCUUUAUUUUCGCCACCAUUCUACAAUUCGCUGUCGUGCAUUAUUUCACGAAAUAUGGUUCCGGUGAAUGCUACUUUAUUAUCGAGGAAAUGGAUUCGGAUACCGAAUCCGAGGCCGAUGCGCGCACACUAAAGAGCGAAUUUAAUGUGAGUACCGAGUCGAAAUUGUACGAGGUUAUACCGCUUUCCAUGUGUUCGAUACCCAUACAUAGCGCCGGCGGCAAAGGUUCGACGAGCAGCAGCGGUAUCGGUGUGGGCGCUGGCGCACGCGCCCGCCGCAAUUCGGGCGCUAGACGGCGUAUGCUGGGCGGUGGCCGGAGUGAAGGCGCUGUUGGCGCUGUUGGCGGCGGUGGCCGUUACAAUUUUAAUUGCUUCGCAUGGCCGUGUUUCCGGCGUCGCAAGCGAGGUCGCGUGGGCUUCGAUAUGUCCGAUGAGGAUGACGAGGAGGCGCAUUUGCGUGCGGGCGAAGAGCCCACACCGCAUCGUGCCUCCGGCAAACGGCGUAUGUCCUUCUAUCGGCGCGAAGAAUUGGAGGCGCGUCGCAAAGGCAAGCGGGUACCGCAAUACAAUUCCGUUUCGAAAAUCGAUCGCGCAUCACGCAUAGUCUUUCCGAUGCUCUUUCUACUCAUCAAUGUUUUCUAUUGGUAUGGCUACUUGUCGCGCAGCUCACGAAUAUUAGCGAAUACGCCAACGACCACCUGAUGUUACCUUUUAGCAAUUUAGAUCAAGUCCGGGAGGAAAUCAAAGCGCACGGCAAUGCAACGGCGUUUGGUACAAUGAAUUAUUCUAGAAUAUAAAAUUGCAACUUGCAAAUAUUGGCGACAUUGGUUAGCUACUAAUUGAAAUCAAAAGAUAUUUUUGGAAAACAAAUUUGGAAAUAAAUGCUGCCGUUUAUAUGAAAAAUAAGCAAACAAAAAAUCAAAGCAAAAAAAUCAAAGAAAAAAAAUUAAAUUUUCAAAAAGCUUUCGUCCGCUGCCAUUGCUUGAUAACGUAUUUUGCUCAACAACGCAAAAUUUAUUUCUUCUUCACUAAAUUGCUAAAAUAAGGAAAAUAAACACACUUGUAAAGGGCUUUAGAAACAGGAUAAGAGGUUAAAAAGAAACAUAAAAUAUAUUUGAAAAUAUAAAAUGAACUGGAGACGAACGUUCUUUAAGUCAGGAAAACACACAACUGUAUAAAAAAAAAUUAUAUAUGUAUCUCAAAUGUGAUGAAACAGUUAGCUUUAAACAAACAACUUUUAAGUUAACCGCUUGAACAGUUUAAAUGCCUCUGGGCUGAUAUUUGUAUGGAAAAGUUUGAAGGCACUAAUAGUGUAAGAAGUUUUAAGGCCACAGAAUAUUGUACAGGUUCACUUUUAUGCCUGAGAACGCGAGAAUGAGAGUGCAUAAGUGUUAGUGAGUGUUAUAGUGAUGAUUUUGUGGAGUGACACUAAACAAAUAGGGCCGAAUAAAUUAGUAAACAAAUGUAUGUAAUAUGUAAUGAAUUAAUUAGAACUAUUAUUAUGCAGUUAACAGAGAAAAAUUCAAUAUCGUAAAUUAAAAAAUUAAAGAACUGCCUACUGGCUGAAGUAUUGCGUUAGCUUUAUAUAGAGUUAAUAAUGUAUAAUAUGAAAAAUCAUAUGCAUAUGCCUAUAUACAA